CAAGCGCUAGUAUAUUAUAAUUCUUUUCAAAUUUGACACUGGCAGAAUUGUCCCUAUUGUCGUAAAAACGAUACAGCCAAUCAUAACAUUAGAUAAUUCUCUUCGAUUCUACCUGGAUUCUACCUAUAUUUGUUACAGCUAACAUAAUAAUUAUUUAAUAAUUUUCGUCUGAAUGAAUCUUCUUGUGUAGUAGGUAUUAUUUGAUUAUGUGAAAAGUAAAAAAAUAAGUAAUAUUGGAAUACAGUUUUAUCUUUUGAGAUAUUAGAUAACCACCAGAAUAAUGGCAACUAGAAGAGUUGUGAUCGGAGGUGGAACUGGAUUCAUAGGUCGCAGUCUAGGAGAGCGUUUGUUAGCCAGUGGAUAUAAUGUGAUUAAUGUAGCCCGUAUGCCAGCUGCUAAUAACAUAUCGUGGUCAACCCUUGAAGUAUCCGGGCUACCAAAAGCAACUUGUGCUGUUGUGAAUUGUGCUGGCCAGCAGUUUAUGGACUUUACAAAAUCUUGGACACCUGGAUUCAAGCAGAAUGUUCAGAAUUCACGCAUUUACACAACUAAGGCGUUAGCUAAAGCAAUAAAUCAAAGCCAAGACAAACCAAAAGUCUUUGUGCUUAUAACGGGAGUCGGUGCCUACGAGCCUUCAGAAUCGAAUAAAUAUGAUGAGAGCAGUCCCACUACAGGACUAGACUUCUUCUCCAGACUGGUGGUGGACUGGGAAAAGGCUGCCCAAGUAGAUCCUCCAGUUAGACUUGUAGUGAUUCGCUCAGGAGCUGUCCUAGGCCGAUGGGGCGGUAUGAUAAAGAACAUGUUUGUGCCAUUCUACUUGGGAGUUGGUGGACGCAUUGGUACUGGCAAGCAAUAUUUACCCUGGAUACACCUCAAUGAUCUAACACGACUCAUCCAGUUUGCUAUAGAAAAUGAUAAUGUUAAAGGUAUAUUAAAUGGUGUCGCACCGCAGGUCAUCACAAAUGAAGAAUUUACAAAGUCCUUCGCAUCAGCACUUGGACGUCCAGCACUUUUCCCAGUUCCAGAAGCAAUUUUAAACUUUUUGCUUAAUGAAGAGAGAGCAAUGAUUAUGACCAAAGGCCAGUAUGUGGUCCCAAAGAGGGUUAUGGAGUAUGGGUUCAAAUAUGAAUAUCCAGAAAUAGAUCAAGCCUGUAAAGAAUUUUCUCAUCUUUGGCCUAAACAAGAUCCGGUCAAAAAGACUACAUUGUAGGUAAGUAGGGGUCAAAUGAUAUGGAAAUUUCAUUAUAUUGGAAUUUAUUGUUUGCAAAACUCAUGUCGCUGCAUAAGUUACAAUAAUGAGAUUGUGUUUUUUUGAAGUUACUAGUCUUGAUUUGUACUUUUUUAAUAUUUAUUGUUGUUAAGGAUAUAAAAUAUUUAAAUAUAAUUUAUUAAUACAUUAUA